AUGGAGUACAACUAUACUUCUGCCUCAUUUUCCAUGCAUGGGGAGCAAACGAUCUCGCCUGCCCCUCCGCCUGCCGAUCCAAUUCCGACCUACCAGCCAAAUCGACCGGAUUCGUAUUACCCAUCCGCACUCAACGUUUUCGAGAGGAUAUGGCACGAUCGAUAUCAUUUCCUCCUUCAAAAGGGGCUUGAAUUGCGACCUCGUUAUCGACCCGGGUGGACCCCGUCAUGGCUCAAUACAAAAGAAGAAUUUCUCUUGUCGGAAGAUUCGCUGGAACAACCCUUUCCACAGGUGAUGGAUGCCAAAAGGAUGAAAGACGGUAUUGCAGUUUGUCUGAAGGCCGUCUAUCGAACACCGAAAGAAGCGGAAAUUGCGAAAUACUUGUGUUCGCCUGAGCUGUCACAAGAACCAGCUAAUCAUUCAGUGCCCAUUCUUGACGUUUUCCGAGAUCCAUCAACGCCCGACUUUGAGUAUCUUGUGAUGCCGCUAUUACGGCCUUUUGACGAUCCCGAAUUUCAAGCCAUCGGUGAGGUUGUGGACUUUGUAACUCAAAUCCUUGAAGGUCUGACAUUCAUGCAUUCUCACAAUAUCGCCCAUGGAGACUGUACCGGUGCAAAUAUCAUGAUGGAUGCUCGUCCCAUAUACCCUCAAGGGUGGCAUUUUAAGGCCAACGUGUGUGCACCCGAUGGAGUCACUUUUGUGACGCCGCUAGCACGUAUAGACCAUCCAGUACGGUAUUAUUUCAUUGACUAUGGCGUAUCCCAUCACUUUCUUCCUGGUCAAUCACGCCUCGUACUGGACUGGGGCGGCCGGGACGCCGACGUUCCAGAGCUGAAAAAACUACAACCAUACGAUCCUUUCAAGGUUGAUGUGUUCACCGUUGGAAACGUUUUCUUGAAAGAUUUUUAUCAGGUAUCUGCACCACUCUAUCACUUGCCCUGCCAACUUACCAUUCUUACCGUUCCUGAGAAAUACCUUGGAUUAGGAUUUCUCGCCGAUCUCAUCAAGUUUAUGAUGCAUGAGGAUCCAGCGAAACGACCAAGUUGUCAAAUAGCUCUUGAGAAAUGGUGCAGAAUCAAAGGUGGCUUGAACCCAACGACGGCUCGUUGGAGACUUCGUAAACCGGACGAGACCGUCGGGGAACGCGUAGUUCUUGACGCGAUUGCCGCUGCACGGCACGGUAUACACAGUCUCACACAUCUAUUCAAUGAAGAUGCUCGGACGUGGUAG